CAUUCGGUGACCCUCGGCUUUCUCAGGAGGCUGCAGCCUGAGGCAGCGGCUCCCCCCAAGCCAAGAGUGGCUUGACUCUGGCUGCAGGGAUGAGGAGGAGAAAGGGAGAGUGAAAAUGAAGGGGAACAAAACUGCCUGCCCGAGGAGCGGGCAAGCGCCCGAUGUGGUGCACGCAAGGAGGGACAAAGAACAGUUUUCCCUUUCUGAGCCGCGAGCGGUCUCAGAUGCCGCCCUAGACUGUGGCCAGGAAGCAGCAGCUGAGACAAAUGCCUUCUGACCACACACGUCUGGUGCCCUGGAAGCAGAGACUCAGCCUCCUUAGGCUCCUUCUCUUCCUAGACGAAGAGUCCUGCAGAUGGGCAUGAAGCGUCAGUAGGAGGGCACCUGUGGUUCAUCUGGUGAAUUCUGGUGCCGGGAGAAAGUCUGUGCUGAAAAGACUGAUGUUUACUAGCUGUGUAACCAUUGGCAAGUGAUUUAAGCUCUUCGUCGCCCAGGAAACCAUCUAAGACUCUAAGUGCCAGAUGAGUUGCUGAUCUGCAUUGGUGGAGGAAGUUUCCACAUUGGGAGUUCCACACAUUUAUGAAAUCCCAGAUGCAAACAGCAGAAAUGAAUUUGAUCCAAAAUUUCACAGUGUCACCUAAUACAACGUCUUUCCCUGAUGCUACUGAUGGAAUCACAGAAAUUUGUAUCACAAUUCUGGGGCUGGCAGCAGGAAUCCCUACCUUGGUGGCCAUGGUCCUGCUAAUAGCUUUAAUUGUGGUCUGUGCUCAGAAAAGAAGAAAGGAUGGACAUCUCCAGGAGAAGCAAAGACCAAAUGAUUUUCCAGACAUGUAUGAGAGUUCUGAGGUAUCAUUGGAGAAUCUCAGCAGCCCUGAAAUGGAUGUAAAGGAAACAAUAGAGAUGGAAGAGACUCACGUGUAUGUGAAGACCAUAACGGGAACAGAAGAGCUAUCAUAUGAUGACGCUUACUUUCCUAGAACUGAAAAGGGAAAAAAGCAGAGUUUGCCAAGGUGGCUUUUGCCCAAACGGGACAAGAAAUGAAAUAAUCUCAGCCCCUGUUUCAAACUUACUCCAUAAAAAGCUAGACUCAAGAAAGAAAUACUUGGGUUUAUACUGGAAGUGAAUUAGAAUGCCUAGAUGGUGUCUAGACAACACAGAUUUUCUUCUUUGAUCUGAAAAAAAAGAAUUCAUUGACUUUUGAGUUGAUUUAUUCUAUUAGUACUUAGAUUCUUCCUGAAUAAUGAAGUACUCACUAAUGAGUUCCACUCAUCCAAGUCCAUUAUUUAGAAAAAUGGUGGUUCUAGGACCUUAAACACUUAAAUUCUAUCUCUCACACUCCCACUGUUUUUUCUGAGUGAUUUCCCCCUGUCUGGAUUUCUCCACUUUGCCUUCCUUUAAGAUCUUCCUUUCAGAUCUCUUAUCCACCAAGAAGCUAGCAGAUCAGACUUGGACUUGUGUUUAAAGGAAUGACAAUGUUCAUGAAGAGUCAUGUGAGGCUGAAAAAGCAAUGGAUGGGGUGGUCAUUACUAACUUCUGGAUUGCCAAGGCUACAUAUUAGGUAGAGAGGAAACAACUACAUUGACCUCAGGCUCGCCCUCCAGAUCACUACCAAAGAUAGCUUCCACCUAGCUCUCCCCUGUCUCAUAGAGACAAAAACUGAACAUCAGCAAUUGUAGAAAAUACCAAUAGAAAAUAUAGAAAAUAGUUGGUAGGGCUCCCUACCAAGAUGAGCUUGAGGUGUAUGUACAAUAUCCACUAUCCACAGCCUAGAGUUCUGCAAGUUUAUUUCUGAAUGUGUUUCAAGGUACUAGGAUGCUUCAUUGAUCUCUAAUUGUUCCUUUUCCCUUUAUAUGCCAAUGAUCUCUUUUAAUAGCCAUCUGUGCACAAACUGUCUCUUAUGCCUUUCCUCUGUCUCUUGGAAUCCUUAGGUUUUUUUCAAGGCUCAGAUCAAAUGCCACAUUGUACAUGAGACUUCCCUGACUAUUUCAGAUGCUACAGCUUUCUCCCCGCAGAUUAUCCUGUAUUUACUUUGUAAAUAUUUUGCCUCCACUUAUCUGUGUACUAGAAUGUUUGGGGGAACUCUUUGAAGGUAGAAUUGGUUUGGUGUAUUUUGCUUUUUAUACUUAGUACAAUUUUCUGUUAAUAAAUGAUCAUUGGAUGAAUGAAUGGAAGGAUGCUUCUGCAAAUGUCCAAUCCAGAGUGAAGAGCUUUUUGGUUCUUUUAGCAACGAUCCUGUAUUAAUUUAUAGAUCUCUCUUACCUAUCCUUUGAUGACCUUCAGGGCAGAGGUUAGGAUUUAUCUUUUUUUAAACUGUAUUUCCCUAACUAGGCAAUAUCUUGUGGGGAAACCUGGUAAAGAUGCUUAAAUAAGACUUUUCUAUAUUACUGAUUGCUUUGAACAUUUUGUAAAUACUCAAAAAUGUUCUUAACUUUGUGGUCCCUAUGUUUUUUGUGUGUAUAUGGACAUUGUGGUAUUCUGAAUAGAGAACAGAAAGACCUAGAUUUAGGUCUCACCUCUCACAUACGAGCUAUGUGAUCUUGGACAAGUCACUUAACUUCUCAACUGGCUCUCCGAUACUCUCUCUCUAAGUCUAGAAGUUGCAGAGAAAGUGCUGACCUGUGUGAGAGAGGAAGUGUCUUCAUCUAGAGUUCCCACUAUCAGUGAAAUCCUAAGUACAGUCCAUAUUCCUACCCAAUCCCUAUUUAUUUCCUUGAGGCAAUUGUUUCCACAGUGUAUAAUCUGUUUUCAGAGAUGUCAUUAAAAUAAUCAUAUAAAUUUUGCCAAAGGGCUUUGGGGUGAGGUUGGGAGUUGUGUGUUAACCAUCAACUCGUCUUCAUCAGGUUAGUGUUUGAAGUGACGAGCUAUUCAGUAGAAAAGACAGGAAGAGACUAAAUUAGGAAAAGAUGCUCUUUGGAGAGAAAGAGAAAAGGUAGAACAUUUGGAGUGGGAGUAGGUAACAAGUGUCAGAAACAGGAGUGAGACAAGUAGAGUCUUAUCUGCCUGUAAUCCUGAGGACCAGUUGAUUAGAUGAUCCUAGAAAUAAGGGAAGUUAAUGAGGCAGCUAGAAAAAAAGGCAAUGAAUGGAGGAAUUACAAAUUCCUUCAUACAUAUCUGGGACUUUCCAAGACAGUGAAUUCACCAAUCUUAACAAGGCUUAAAGCAAGCAGUCCUUGCAAUGGGAUAUAUUGCUAUUAUAUAUUAACAAAGAGAGAGCUAUUAAUGUAUUUCUGAUAUGGUGGGUGCAAGUACCUAGGAAAGCUCAAAUUAGAAGCAUUUUAUUCAAUGUGGUAAUAAAAAUUCACAAGAUGAUUUAUGAAUUUGAAAAACAUAUGCCAUAUAUUAUCCCAUCUUAAAAUAUUAAUACAUUUUCUUUAUAUAUUACCCUUCCCAGAGAACCAUCUCUUAUAAUAAAAAAUGAAAAAUAAAAGACCAAAGUUCAAAAAAACUAGCCAACAGAUGACCAAGUCUGACAUCUGCUAAGAAGGGAAGGAGGUGUUUCCCCCAAUCUUUUUAUUUUAUCCUAAUUUUCUGCAGGAGAAAACAGAAGUGCACAAGCUUGGAGUGCCUUGCCAACACUCACAGAGUUUGAAAGACUGUAACUGCUGUUUGGACCCCCACAUUUAAUAUUCUUUUCACUACGUCAGGACAACAUGCUGCCACUCCAGUGCCAAACAGAAUGCUUUACAAACUGUUGAAUGAAUGAAAAUGAAAUACUUUCUGCCUGCCAAGCACUAUAAUAAGCCUGAGGAUACAAGUACAAAAGUAAGAGAGUCCCUAGCCUCAAAGCAUUUAUUUUAUAAUAGGGGAAAAUGUAAGUUUGUUGGCUGUUGUCCUUCAUUCUUGAAGAGGAUUGAGAUAAUAUCACCAUGUUGGAAUUGAGGUACAAUGUGUUUGUGUGGCUGACUGUGGCUGAUCAGACCAAUAAAGAGAAAUUAUAUAUAUGGGGACAGUUACCAGGGAAGGAGGUUUUGGUCUGGGAAAAGUAAAGGGAUGGGGGGGCUGAGCCAUAGGGAAGUGAACUGAUAAGCUCUUUCCAGAAACAUGUUGACUUGGUUACAGUUCUCAGACCAAGCCUGGAUGGGUAAUGAAGAGAAAUAGUAAAGUUUGAAAACAAAUGGUUAGUGGGAGAAAAGAGGGAAGGAAUUUGAAGAUAUUCCCAAUUAGAUAAAUAUGGGGAAAUACACAGAUUUGUAUAAUAACGGUCUCCUGAGUCAAAUUCAAAAGUAACUUCCAGAAGACAAUUGCAAUUCAUGUCAGAAUGGAAAAUUGUGGCUGAAGCCAAAGGCAAUGUCUGUUUAUUAUCAGGCUCUUAAAAAGUCAUUUUUCAUUACCAGGGUAAGUAGAAAGGCUAAAAAUGGUCCCCAUUCAGGAGGUAACCUUAGCCCAUAGAUUGAGAAAUCAGGCUCUUUGGGCUCAUAUUUUAAGUCCAUCAAUGAUUCAUUGUAUGACUUUGAACCAAUUUAUUAAUAAAUCUGUGUCUCUGUUUCCUUUUGGGGUAGCAAUAUUAACACAUCUCACAGGGUAGUUGUAAUGAAUAACAACAUCCUUGUCAAACACAAAGUAUUGACUCAUAUAUACUAGAACUUAGUAGCUAUAGUAUUAAUAACAUGCAGUAUUUUAAUACUUUUAUCUCAUAGUAAAAUUAUAAAUAAUUGUCAUGAUUUGUUUUAUUGUAUUAAAAAUAAAUAUUUUUAUCUUUCUUAA